GGGGGGGGGAAGCGCUGAGGAGCGGCGGCGUGAGGAAUCGGGAGAGGAGAGAGGAUUUUUAGGGUUUAGUUGUCUGCACGAAUCUUAAAGCAAUCGGGUGGUCCAAAAUUUACAAGAUUUGUAAGGGGAUUUUGUGUCAAAUGAUCUAUAGACAGUCCAUGUAUAAAACCCACUGCCAUGCAUGUGUUGUGAGUUGAGUAACGCACUAACGUAACGACGGUCGAUGGCCAUGGAACUGUCCUUCACCGUGCACCGCCGCGAGGCGGUACUCGUCGGCCCAUCGGUUUCGACACCGUGCGAAACCAAGCGCCUCUCCGAUAUCGACGACCAAGAGUCCCUGCGCUACCACGUUCCCGGCCUCCUCGUAUACCGUGGUGGUCAGCCUCCGGCGCCAUGUGUCCGCGACAAUGACCCGUCGGGCAUCAUCCGCGCGGCGCUGUCGCGGGCGCUGGUGCACUACUACCCGCUCGCCGGCAGGCUGAGAGAGGUGGAAGGACGGAAGCUGGUGAUCGACUGCAGCGGCGAGGGGGUGGUGUUCGUGGAGGCGGACGCGGACGUCCGGCUGGAAGAGAUGGAGGCCGCCGCCGCUGGUGGUCACGGGCUCAGGCCGUCAUUCCCCUGCGUGGAUCAGCUCGUCCCCGACGUGCGAUCAUCAGGCCGAGGAGGCAGCGUGCUCAGCUGCCCGCUGGUGGGAAUCCAGGUGACACGCCUCCUCUGUGGUGGCUUCAUCGUGGGGACCGCCGUCAACCACAGCGUGUGCGAUGCUAUGGGUAUCGUCCAGUUCCUCAACGCCGUCGCCGACAUCGCCGGUGGCCUCCCUGCGCCGGCCGUCCACGCGACAUGGUCGCGUGAGCUGCUCGAUGCACGCAGCCCUCCGGCGCCGGCGUUCCCACAUCGCGAGUACGACAUGAUCGACAUCCUCCCUGGAGGCGGCAGGGAGGCCGACAACAUCGUUCGAUCCUUCCUGUUCAGCUCCACCGACAUCGCCGCGCUUAAGGAGGAAGCACUACUGCCACACCCCGAGCACCGCCUCCGCGGCGGCAGCAGCACGGCGACGAGCUUCGAGGUCCUCGCGGCGUUCCUCUGGCGCGCUCGCACUGCGGCGCUGGAGGUCCCGGCGGACGAGGAGGUGCGCCUCGUCGCCGUCGUUGGCUUCAGCAGGAUCGCCGCGCUGGGCCUACCAUCCGGCUACUACGGCAACACAUGCGCGUACCCCACGGUGGUGAUGACCGCCGGGGAGCUGCUCCGCGGUUGCACGCUGGGAGACGUGGUGAGGCUGGUGCAGGAGGCGAAGGCGGCCGUCACCGCCGAGUACGUGCGAUCCACGGCCGAAUGUCUGGUUCUGCGGCGGCGCCCGCGUUUAGCCAGGACCAACCUCUUCGUCGUUACCGACGUCCGACGCGUGGGGUUCGACCGCGUGGAUUUUGGGUGGGGCGACCCGGUGUACGGCGGCCCAGCUCGGGCGCUUCCCACGGUGAGCUUGCUGGUCAACGUCAAGGGCAGCAGCAAUGUCGUGGGUGCCGUUGUUUCAUUGCCAUCGCUCGUCAUGGGGAGGUUCUCGGCUGAGCUGGAGAGCUUUCUCAACACUUAGGUCAUAUAUACUCAAUGACCCCACUAGCUACGUACUGCACACCUGCAUGCUACCACACAAUAAUUCAUCUGUACGUUAGGGACGUACGGGUGGUAACCCAAAAAUACUUUUAACUUUUACUACUAGACUAUUCUAUGCACGGGAAAAGCUUAAUGAUCGAAGGAAAAGCUCUUCAAUUGCUAAUGUUAUGAGAUCUGUUCCGCUAAAUAUUUUUUAAGUAGGGUUUUAGUUGGUCAGGACCUAGCAAAUUAACAUGAAUUAUGUGUUUCUAUUGUACAUAUUCAGUUACCAAAGGUGAUUCCAUUUCAUCGUCGUUCUAAAUAA